UAUUGCAAACUAAUCGCAUGGCAAAAAUUUGCGCGCAUUAUUGUGAGUCACGCACGACUGCUCUGUCAGUGUCUGUCCGCGAGGUCGGCCAAUCUAUCAGUAGCCGCAUUCGUUGAUAUUCACCGCGACAAUAAUCACACGCGUCUCUCUGAUCCGAAUAGUAAACGAAAAUUUGACACCCGGCUUCAAAAGUAUCGAUUUAAUUCACGUACGCGAGAUGUGGUUCUACGUGAUCUUGGCCUUGGUCGAGGCUGCCCUCAUGAUCAUGUUUGCUCAUUUUUAUUUACACAUGAGCAGAACGGGCAGAGCUAUCGACGCUCUACCUGGACCCAGGGCUAUACCGAUUUUGGGAAAUUUGCUGCAGCUUCACGUGACGCUCGUGGAAUUGUUUGGAUUGUUACGUGAAUGGGGAGCUAAAUAUUAUCCAGUUUAUAGACUAUGGUUUAGUAUCAAACCGGUCGUCUUCAUUCAACACCCGGACGACAUCGAGAUUCUUCUAAUGAGCUCAAAACAUAUCAACAAGGAAAUGGCCUAUGAGCACCUCUAUUCGUGGCUACAAACUGGACUAUUAACAAGCGGAGAUAAAAAAUGGCAUCAAAGAAGGAAACUUCUGACUCCGGCUUUUCACUUCAACGUAUUGAAAAAGUAUAUGGAAAUCACGUUCGAGCAGAGUAACAAAGCAGUCACGGAUCUAGAAUCGCUGGGAAAAGAAACCAACGUGAACUUGUUACCCUACUGUUCCAAGUACACUUUGAAUAUCAUUUGUGAAUCGUCCAUGGGUGUAUCGUUGACCAGCGAACAGGAUAACAACGAAGCUAAGAAAUAUAAAGAUGCAGUUUACAAAAUAGGAAAUAUCAUAAUUUACAGAUUGUUAAGGCCCUACAUUCUAGACUGGAUGCUCCAUUUUAUGCCUCAACUGAACAAAGAGACAAAAAACACCUUAGGCUAUCUUCACAGGUUCACCAGCAAGAUAGUCAACGAACGUCGGGAGUAUCACAUAAGUACGGGAUACCAACAAUUAAACGAUUUGAAUCAUGAGGCUGACGACGACACAGCCGUUUACGGCAAAAAACGAAGACUUGCCAUGCUAGAUCUGCUGCUCACGGACGAAAAAAACGGAUUGAUAGACGACGCUGGAAUUAACGAAGAAGUGUCCACGUUUAUAUUCGAGGGACAUGAUACAACAGCUUUGGCAAUGUGCUACGCAAUAUUAUUACUCGCUGAAAACAAAGAAGCACAAAAAAAAGCGCGUGAGGAAGUGGAAGAGCUAUUAAAACCUAAAAAUGGCGCGAUGGAUACGUCAGAUCUGCAAAAAAUGAAUUAUUUAGAGAGAUGCAUCAAGGAAACUAUAAGAUUGUACCCCUCGGUUCCGAUGAUAGCGCGUCGAAUAGACGAGGAUUUGCAAUUGAAACAUUGUUUGGUACCGCAAGGAUCCAACGUGUUUGUUCACCUUUUCAAUUGCCACAGGGACCCACACUUUUGGUCGGAACCAGACAAAUUUGAUCCAGAUCGCUUCUUGCCGGAUGAAAUAAAGAAACGACAUCCGUUUUGCUACGUUCCUUUCAGUGCUGGAUAUCGAAAUUGCAUCGGUCAAAAAUUCGCCAUGAUGGAAUUGAAAUCUCUGAUAGCCCGAAUUUUGUAUGAUUUUUAUUUGGAACCGAUUGAUCACCUGUCUGACAUCAAAAUACAAUCCGAUAUAGUUUUACGUCCAGCUACACCAGUUCAGACUAAAUUUAUCAAGAUUGAUAGAUCGUAAUUUUUUGUACGACUAAUUUUUUUUACGUAAUACUCAAUAAACCGAAUUGAACCUAAUGAAAUUUAUUUGAAAUAUAAUAGAUAGAAAUAACAAUGAUUACCAUUGACAACAAUGAAGUAAAAAGUUGGUGUUAAAAGAGCUUGGCUUGUUAGGAAACUUGUAUUUUAAAUUUAAAAAAAAUUAUGUUACAUUAAAGUUUUAAGUAUUAUUA